AUGGAUAGUAAUAAAUCAUCGAAAGUAUGUGAAGUCGAAGGGACUGUAUGUAAAAAAGAUGUACAAGCUUUAUGUUAUCAUUGUUCAAAAAAUCUUUGUCGCAUUCAUUUAAUUCAACAUGCACAACUGAUGGAAGAUAUGACACGAGGAAAAUUGAAUUCAUUAGCUGAUAAGUUUAAUGAGCUAUCAUUAAGAUUUGAUAAUAUUUCCAUUUCGGAUAAUAUUCUUAAAAUACCUUUUGUUCAAUUAGAGAAAUGGCGUGCUGAAGCACAUGAAAAAAUUGAUCAAAUAGUGGAGCAGAAGCGUCAAGAACUUAAUGAUGAACUUGAUAAGUAUCGGAAAGUUUUUCUUACAAAAAAUGAAGAACAAUUAAUAAAGAUGAACAAUAGUAAAAGAAUUAUUGCAGAAUUGAUUCAAGAGUCUGAUGCAUCUGCUAAUCAAAUUACUGAUCUUCAGACAUCAAUUGAUGAAACUGAGAAUUAUUUGAAUUCGCUUAUGACACAUGAAAUUAAUGUUAUUGCUACAACACCGAUCUGGCGCGUUGAUAUUGAGAAUCACUUAUCUUCGCCUGAAUGGUAUCAUUCGAAAUUAUUACGUUAA